CAAUUGUUGGUUAUUCGACUCAAAGUCCAUUUACAAAUUUUAAAGAUGAAAGGAAUAAUCAUUGGAUAACAUACAGUUAUGUGAUUGGUAUUAGUUCCAAUCAUUUGUAUAUUUACAUGGUAACAUUUAACUUUAUUUCAAAACGUAGUCGGAAUACUUCAAUACGGUUGGUGACGACAUUCUAUGAAAAAGUUUUUUCUUUACGUUAAAUUACAACUUCUUAAUCAACAACAGAAUGUGAGUGUAGUGAAUUGACUAUUGUUGGAUUUCAGUUAUUGAUGAAGAUUCUUUUCUAUAAUCCAAUUAACUGUAAAAUAACCAUGCAUUCAUUUGGAAAUGACUUUCAGAUGAAUUACAGAGGCUCUUCAGGGUAUUUAUGAUUACUAUCGUUGUAAGACCAUUGUGUAAUAUCACAAUAGGAAUGAAGCUACAAUAGGAUGCUACUGGAUAUUAGUUUACUUGGUAACAAGUGAAAUACUCAUGGUAUUACGUAGAUAUUUUGAAGUUUGAUUCUCAGUAGAGUUGUAGAUGUAUACUUUAAUGGAUUCCAACCAAAUAUCUUUUCACGAAUUCAAGGUUCUUGAUGAUACUUCAGCAAACAAACAAGCACAUUCCAUUCAGUCAAUAAAUGUAAAUUGAGAUCGUCAAUAAACAUCAUCAGUAUUGUUCUGCAAUAUGGGUUUCAAAAUAAAGCAUAUAUUUCAACAGAAUGCUCUACAACCCAAAUUACCAUACACUGCAAUGGUUUUAAUACUUACUAGUGUACUAUCAAUUUUAUCAAUCAUUGUUACACUAACCUUAUCCUUGUUAGGUAGAGAAUUUAAAUCGGCGACAUGUAUAACAAUUUUCACAAGUGUAUUCAAUAUUAUUGGUUUUUUUCUAGGAAUGAUGUUGGUUAUUUUACGGAAGAUGAGAGAAACGUAUCCCCUGAAUAUAAUAAUGUUAAUUUUAUACGGAUUGGCUAUAUCUGCAGCACAUGGAUACUCUAUCAUCAAUGUGGAAAUUCUAGUAAAAGUCAUAGCAUGGGUUAUUGCUUUCGUGUCGCUUUCGAUUUUGGUCCCGAUUGGUAUAGUUAUAAAGACUGACUUAAAUCAAUAUACAAGUGUAUUUAUGAUUUACUGUGUUGCAGAACUUUCCACAAUCACAGUAGUAUUUAUCGGUUUUAUUAUAGCAGGUAACACACAGGUGGCUUUGGCUGUUUAUGUGGCCGGGGUAUUGCCCAUAUUGAUUCCUCUUGCCAUUGGUUUCGGGCAGCUUACAUUUAGUACAAUUUCCAGUUAUACUUACAAUCCGGAUUACUGUCUGGCAUCAUUGACUUUAUUCACUACGCUAUUGGGAUUUUUUACUACCAUCAGUGUAGAAGCUCAUUUCAUCACACUGCUAAUCAAAAACAAUACUACCGUUAAACUACUGUAAAUGUCUCAUUAAAAUCAUCAAUACAUAUAUAUUAUUUAAUUUG